AUCUGGAGUCGCUGCCGCUGGUGGCCACAGACGAGGAGUGAGCGGUGGGAGAGCACGCAGGACUGGAGGGAGUGCAGCCACUGCCGCCGCCACCACGGCACAUGGGCCGGCCCCGCCGCUGCCACCGCCCCUAGCUUUCCGCGGCUCCGGCCACCCGACCAGCCAUGUCUCUCGGUGGAGCCUCUGAGCGCAGCGUCCCAGCCACCAAGAUUGAAAUUACCGUGUCCUGCCGGAACCUGCUGGACCUCGACACCUUCUCCAAGUCCGACCCCAUGGUGGUGCUUUACACGCAGAGCCGGGCCAGCCAAGAGUGGCGGGAGUUCGGACGGACCGAGGUGAUCGACAACACGCUGAACCCAGACUUCGUGCGCAAAUUUGUCCUUGACUAUUUUUUUGAAGAGAAGCAAAAUCUGCGCUUCGAUGUGUACAACGUCGACUCCAAAACCAACAUCUCCAAACCGAAGGAUUUCCUGGGACAAGCUUUCCUGGCCCUGGGAGAGGUGAUCGGAGGCCAGGGCAGCCGCGUAGAGCGACCCCUCACGGGUGUACCAGGCAAGAAGUGUGGGACCAUAUUGCUGACCGCAGAGGAGCUUAGCAAUUGUCGGGACAUUGCUACCAUGCAGCUGUGUGCAAACAAGCUGGACAAGAAGGACUUCUUUGGGAAAUCAGACCCCUUCCUUGUGUUCUAUAGGAGCAAUGAAGAUGGCACGUUCACCAUCUGCCACAAGACAGAGGUUGUGAAAAACACAUUGAACCCUGUGUGGCAGCCCUUCAGCAUCCCUGUGCGGGCACUGUGCAAUGGAGACUAUGACAGAACAGUGAAGAUUGAUGUGUACGACUGGGACCGGGAUGGAAGCCAUGACUUCAUCGGUGAGUUUACCACCAGCUACCGGGAGCUGAGCAAGGCCCAGAACCAGUUCACAGUGUAUGAGGUACUUAACCCUCGGAAGAAAUGUAAGAAGAAGAAAUAUGUCAAUUCGGGAACUGUGACGCUGCUCUCCUUCUCUGUGGACUCUGAAUUCACUUUUGUCGAUUACAUCAAGGGAGGGACACAGCUGAACUUCACAGUAGCCAUUGACUUCACAGCUUCAAAUGGGAAUCCCCUGCAGCCCACCUCCCUGCACUACAUGAGUCCCUACCAGCUCAGCGCCUAUGCCAUGGCCCUGAAGGCAGUGGGAGAAAUCAUCCAGGACUAUGACAGUGACAAACUCUUUCCAGCCUACGGCUUUGGGGCCAAGCUGCCCCCAGAGGGACGGAUCUCCCAUCAAUUUCCCCUGAACAACAAUGAUGAGGACCCCAACUGUGCGGGCAUUGAGGGCGUGCUGGAGAGCUACUUCCAGAGCUUGCGCACAGUACAGCUCUACGGGCCCACCUACUUUGCUCCUGUCAUCAACCAGGUGGCCAGGGCUGCAGCCAAGAUCUCUGACGGUUCCCAGUACUAUGUUCUGCUCAUCAUCACCGAUGGGGUCAUCUCUGACAUGACACAGACCAAGGAGGCCAUUGUCAGUGCCUCUUCACUGCCCAUGUCUAUCAUUAUUGUUGGUGUGGGACCAGCCAUGUUUGAGGCAAUGGAAGAGUUGGAUGGUGAUGACGUGCGCGUGUCCUCUAGGGGACGCUACGCAGAGCGGGACAUCGUUCAGUUUGUCCCUUUCCGAGACUAUGUCGACCGAUCGGGGAACCAGGUGCUGAGCAUGGCCCGACUAGCCAAGGACGUGCUGGCAGAGAUCCCAGAGCAGCUGCUGUCCUAUAUGCGCACCAGAGACAUCCAGCCUCGUCCCCCACCCCCUGCCAACCCCAGCCCAACCUCAGCUCCAGAGCAGCCCUGAGGAGCCAACUUAUCCAAUGCCUAGCAGUCUGCCUACCUGCCCACCCACUGCUUCUAUGAAAGCCAGAGGCACCUGAAGCCCUGGAACUCAUUGGGAGGCCAGCUUGGAAGAUCAGUGCUGGCUGGUCAAGUCUUCUGCCCCCUCGCCACAGAAGGGUCUGGCGCUGUCACCAUUUCCCUGCCUUCAUGCCAAUAAUAAAGCUCAUCUUUA